AUGGACCCUACCGGUGCGGCGCCGGCCAAGGCCGAGAAGCAAGAUGUCGAGACAAAAGCUGCAGAGGUUCCCGCCGCUUCCACGCAUGCCGCGCCAGCGGCGGCCGUCGCCGAUGUCCCGGAUCCGGAUGAGGAUGACCUAGAUGACUUGGACGAUAUGCUGGAUGACUUUUCUACUGUGAAGCUAGACGCGAAAAAGUCCGCAGAUACGCCAGCCACCCCGGCCGCUGCCCCUGCUGCGGCUGCUGCUCCGGUCACCGGUGCUCCCGCGCCCGAAACCGGCGCAAAGGUCGAGGGCGCUGUCAACCCUGAAGACAUGACGGAAGAAGAUUUUGCCAAGCAGCUGCAGGCAGGUAUGGCAAAUUUGCUCGGCGAGCUCGAAAAAUCGCCAGAAAUGCAAGCCGAGUUUGAGAGCAUGUUCAAGGGCAUGGCCGCCGGUGCCGACGGUGACGCCGCUCCGGGCAGCGGCGCGCCGGCCGCCGAGGAGUCCUUCCAGGACACGAUCCGGCGCACCAUGGAGCGCAUGCAGACCUCGGGCGAACAGGCCACCGCGGCCGCCGCCGAGGGCGGCUCCGACGACUUCAUGUCCGAGCUGCUCAAGCAGAUGGCGGCCGGCGGCGGCCCCGGCGGCGAGGGCGGCGAGGAGGAGUUCUCCAAGAUGCUGAUGGGCAUGAUGGAGCAGCUGACCAACAAGGAGAUCCUCUACGAGCCGAUGAAGGAGCUGCACGACAAGUUUCCCGCCUGGCUCGCCGCGAACCGCGACAAGACGCCCGCCGAGGACCUCAAGCGCUACACGGACCAGCACGCGCUGGUCGACGAGAUCGUGGCCUGCUUCGAGGCAAGCACCUACACGGACUCGAACGCCGCGGACAGGGAGUACAUUGUGGACCGGAUGCAAAAGAUGCAGGAGCUGGGCUCGCCGCCCUCGGAUCUGGUGGGAGACCUUGACACAGCACAAGAAGCCUUUGCCGGCGCCGACGAACAAUGUAACCCGCAGUAG